AUGGCUCCAAUUGACGACAUCAAGACCAAUUGCCGCAAGGUAAUGUGCAUAGGCCGCAACUACGCCGACCACGUUACAGAACUCAACAAUCAACGCCCCAAACAACCCUUCUUCUUCCUCAAACCGCCCUCCUCGAUCCUCACUCCCAGCGAAGGCCCCAUUCUCCGACCCGCCGGCGUGAACCUCCACUUCGAAGUCGAGCUCGGCGUAGUCAUCGGCAAGACCGUGCGAGACCUCGACGAGAACGAUGAAGCAGCAUGGCAAGACGCGAUAGGGAGCUACAUUCUCGGCAUCGAUAUGACAGGUCGCAACGUCCAAGACGAAGCGAAGAAGAAGGGAUUGCCGUGGAGCAUAGCCAAGGGCUUCGACACGUUCUUGCCUGUCGCGGGACCGAUUGAGAAGAGCGCGAUCAAGGACCCGCAUGAUGUGGAGUUGUGGUUGAGUGUGAAUGGAGAGAUGAAGCAGAAUGAUAAUACGGAGUUGAUGUUGUUUCGCAUCGGGCGGCAACUGGCGGAUAUCUCCAAGGUCAUGGUGUUGGAGAAAGGCGAUAUUGUGUUGACGGGGACGCCGAAGGGCGUGGGACCGGUGGUUACGGGGGAUGUGUUGGAGGCCGGGAUGAGGAUCGGUGGGAGGGAAGUUGAGGAAGCAAAGAUUAAGGUGGAGGUGAAGGAUCGUGGAGGGAAGUAUACCUUCGGAGAGACGUAG